AUGAUCAACUCAACAAAGGUUUCUUAUUUCAUCCUUUCUGCCUACGUGGACACCGGGCUGUUGAAAUACUUGUGGUUCAUGGUCAUCAUGUCUUUGUAUGUGUUGAUAGUUUGCUCCAACCUGCUGCUCAUUGUGGUUAUCUGCAUGAACAGAAGCUUACAUGAACCCAUGUACCUUUUCCUCUGCAGCCUGUUUGUAAAUGAGCUGUUUGGUAGUACAGGGCUGUUUCCAUUCCUCCUGGUUCAGAUCCUCUCAGACAUUCACACGGUUUCUUAUUCAUCUUGCUACCUGCAGAUUUUCUGUUUGUUUUUUUAUGCCUGUCUGGAAUUUUUCAAUUUAGCUAUCAUGUCUUACGACAGAUAUCUUGCUAUCUGUUAUCCUCUACACUAUAACACAUGUAUGACAUGUAUACAUUUGUUCUUCUCUCUGUUAUCUGGUCCUAUCAGCUCUUUACAACUGUGUGGGAACAUCAUUAACAAAGUCUACUGUGACAACUACCCCAUAAACAAACUGGCCUGCUCUGAUACAACAGCCAGCAACAUCUAUGGCCUCUUUGCUACCUUCCUCUGCAACCCGAACCUCUACAGCUACGACCCAUGUCACAUCAAUUACUCCCUGCACUACAGCUAG